UUAGACAUCACCAAGGAGACCGAGGGUCUUCAGAAACUGUUGCACUGGACUCCAUCACCUUUACACUUGGAGAUAUUUUGGUUGAGGCUACCUGGGAUUGGAGAUAUCCAUUACCUGACCACAAGCCUCAUGAUGACACUACUUCUGUUGUCGGCUGUUUUGUGCUUGGGCACUGCGCUGGGAAUGGCUUUCAUUCUGCCGUUGUCUCAGGAACCUGCAUCAGAAAUAGCCAGCUGUAAGGAGCAGUUGCUGCAGGAUGCCAGAGAGAUGCUGCUGGAUGCUUUAAACCUGGAGCAUGAACCCCACAUGAAGCUCCAAGGAGUGAGCCAGUUCAGGGCUACCUGGAAGACAGGACUGUUGGCCACUUGCCCAAAUUCAAACCACUCUUCAGGAGCUCAGAGCAGUAGUUCUGUCAGUGUUGCAGCAGAGAAUGAAACACAGAACACAACAGGGCACCGCUGCUGCCAGAUCACCUCGCAGAUCUCCAUCACUGAUCUGGGCUGGGACUCAUGGAUUAUUUAUCCAGAGAAUUACACCUACACAGAGUGUGUGGCCUGCACACGCGGCGAGGGGAGAACAUGGCAACACUGCAGGCUGAAAACCCCUUCCAGCAAGCUCCACCUCCCAGAGGUUAAGUGCUGCUCGGUUGUGGAGCAGGUGUGGCUUCCAUUUGUCUACAUUGGUGAUGACUUCUCCCUGGUGACCAGCAAUGUUCCGCUGACGCAGAAGUGCGGCUGCCAGCCAGAGCAUCAUGCUGAUCAGAAGUGAAGGCGCCUCUAUUAGCCUCCUCAGUCUCUGCAUUUUCAUCCCCAAGUAAUGAACUGGCCUUUUUAUGUCAAUGCUAAGUCUGUCAGUUGGGUAGUUUUACAAACCAUGUCCUAAAUGCUUUAUCUUUUAAGGGAAGUGUCUCUCUAUUUACACAGGAUUGCCAGUUUUGUUACGACUGCCACAUCAUAAAUGCAGCAUUAAGAGUUCAGAAAUAUGAAAAUUCUUAUUACGUUUUGACUGGAAGUCUUUAUUUCUAAAUAGGUCUAAAUUCAGCAAUACUGACUGUUUAAUAGUAAUGGAAGAUACAGCAUUAGUAGUUUCAAAAUGAUAUAAACUUUUCCUUUUUUUAAUACAAUUUGGUUUUGUGCACUCGUUUUGCUCUCCAAAAAUACAAAAUAACUCAAUACUAUUUCAAGGACAGGAUAACCUUUGACUAAAACUGUUCAAACCUUAACUCAAUAAUUGUUUUUACCCAAAAAAGAAUUGCGUUGCCCUAUUGUUUUCGCUACUUCCUGGCAGUGUAUUUGCCAGCAUGCAAAUGUUUCAUAAUAAUUCCCUGGCAUCAGCAGAAGUUUUCCACUUGAGGGUAAAGUAUUGCGCUGUUUGGAACUGAAAUUCACAUCUGGUUUGUGUUUUAGUUUCCAUCCUUGGCACAUGUUCAUCCAGCAGAUGGAUCUCAGUUACAAGCUUGGGAGGAACACUGUGUUUCUGGUUCCCAAAGCAGCAUAUAUCAAAUUGAUUUCAAUCUACCAUUUUAGCAGGAAAUACAGUUUCAGUUCAGGUGGGCUAAGAUCAUUGAAUUCUCACAGCAGUAACUUAUAACUCAUGCCAUGUUGUCCUUGAAUUAACCUUGCUGCUCAAAAGCAAAAUUGUCUUUUUGAAGAACUGAACAAAUUUGUCAGCUUGCAGUUGAAUUCACAUACAGAGAUGCAUACCCUUUAAAUGUUGCUAUUGUUAAAAUAUGUUCUGCCUUUU